AUGGCUGAGGCACGACAAGAAGAUGCAGACCGCAGAGAGGAGGCUGCUGCACCUGGGGACGGCAGAGAGGAGGCUGCGGCACCUGGGGACGGCAGAGAGGAGGCUGCGGCACCUGGGGACGGCAGAGAGGAGGCUGCUGCACCUGGGGACGGCAGAGAGGAGGCUGCGGCACCUGGGGACGGCAGAGAGGAGGCUGCUGCACCUGGGGACGGCAGAGAGGAGGCUGCUGCACCUGGGGACGGCAGAGAGGAGGCUGCGGCACCUGGGGACGGCAGAGAGGAGGCUGCGGCACCUGGGGACGGCAGAGAGGAGGCUGCUGCACCUGGGGACGGCAGAGAGGAGGCUGCGGCACCUGGGGACGGCAGAGAGGAGGCUGCGGCACCUGGGGACGGCAGAGAGGAGGCUGCGGCACCUGGGGACGGCAGAGAGGAGGCUGCGGCACCUGGGGACGGCAGAGAGGAGGCUGCUGCACCUGGGGACGGCAGAGAGGAGGCUGCUACACCUGUGGACGGCAGAGAGGAGGCUGCGGCACCUGGGGACGUCAGAGAGGAGGCUGCUGCACCUGGGGACGGCAGAGAGGAGGCUGCUGCACCUGGGGACGGCAGAGAGGAGGCUGCUGCACCUGGGGACGGCAGAGAGGAGGCUGCGGCACCUGGGGACGUCAGAGAGGAGGCUGCUGCACCUGGGGACGGCAGAGAGGAGGCUGCUGCACCUGGGGACGGCAGAGAGGAGGCUGCUGCACCUGGGGACGGCAGAGAGGAGGCUGCGGCACCUGGGGACGGCAGAGUGGAGGCUGCUGCACCUGGGGACGGCAGAGGAGGCUCUGGGCUUCCCAGCUCUCCCACACUCGCUCUUGUGCUCGUGAGGUGGCAGGAAGCUGGCCGCCCUCCCCACACCAGCAGCAGCAAGGCGGAGUGUGCCUGCCCUCCCCACACCAGCAGCAGCAGAGGCGAGCGGCAGCUGGGGAACAGUGGAGGGGGGAGGGAGUGCAGCAAAGAAAGGGGUGUGGAGGUCGAGGGGCAGAGGAGGGGAGCACUUGAGUGGAGCAGAGGAAAUAUGGAAGUGGGUGAGGAGGGGAGCAUGCAGCUGAAGCAGAGGCAGUGGCGAGCAGCAUCAGGGGAGCAGUGGAGGAGAGCAGAGGGAGUAGACCAGAGAAAGCUGUGUGGAGGUCGGAGCAGAGGUGGGGAGAGUAGGAGGGGAGCAGAGGAGGGGAGCGGAGGAGGGGAGCAGGGAAGGGGAGAAGACGUGGGUAAAAGAGGAGGCGAGCAGAGGAUGGCAAGCAGAUGA